AUGAAUAAAACCCACAUGAAGAUGUUCAACAUUAUAAUCAAUGACAUGGCGAUCAUCUGGAGAAGGAUUGUUUCAGCAUUAAUGCUCUUGAGAUAUUUCUAUAAUCCUCUCCUUGUUUUCUUUUUCAUCGGUUCGGUCCUUUUCUUGCUUAUCAUCGACCGUAAUCGCUCUGUUUAUGAAGAAAUCGAA